ACCCAUCACCCUUUCGUUUCCUAUAUAUGUUUCCUUCUCUUUUCUUCUGCGCUUCUCCUUCUCCUUCUCCUUCUCCAUCUCCAUCUCCAUUUAUACGAAUUAAGAAGAAGCGGUCGCUGUGGAAAAGGGGAGAAAUAGAGGAGAUAACGAUGGAGAGGAGUGUACAACAGGUGGAGGAGCUCACCUCCGGCGCGAGCGGCCGCAUAAUUCCGGUUUGUAGGAACAUCCGCCGCUCCGUGCUCUCCCGCGCGGCGCUCGUCCGCUUCUUCGUCUUCGUCUACUCCAUCCUCCUAGGGUUCCUGCUCCUCCUCCGACGGAGCUCCAGGGCGGCGCCGCCGCUCUCGUCGCCGCGGCGGAAGGGGGCGGGAGGGGGUCGACGGAGGGGCUGGAGGGCCGCGGCGGCGGCGGCGGAGGAGGAGGACGUGAGGCGGCGGAGGGCGCUCGCGGAGGAGGUGCCCAUGGCCGAGUCGUCCGAUCUCGGCGGCGGCGGCGGGGGAGAGGGUGGGGGUUGGGGGCGCUGUAGGUGGGAGACCUUCGUGCUCGCGGGGCCGAGGAGGAACGCGCUCUUUUGCCGGUCGUGGGUCCCGGCCUCGGGCGACAUGAGGGGUAUUUUAUUGGUUAUACAUGGGCUCAAUGAGCAUAGUGGAAGAUAUGUACAUUUUGCAGAGCAGCUAACAUCAUGCCAAUUUGGAGUAUAUGCAAUGGAUUGGAUAGGCCAUGGUGGAAGCGAUGGAUUGCAUGGAUAUGUACCUUCAUUAGAUUAUGUUGUUGAAGACACAAUAAUGUUCCUGGAGAAAAUUAAGUUGGAGAAUCCUGGUGUUCCAUGUUUCCUCUUUGGCCAUUCUACCGGUGGAGCUGUUGUUGUGAAGGCGGCAUCCUAUCCUCAUAUUGAAGCCAUGAUAGAAGGAAUUAUACUCACCUCACCAGCAUUGCGAGUAAAGCCUGCUCAUCCUAUAGUUGGGGCUGUGGCACCAAUCUUUUCGCUUGUAGCCCCAAAGUUCCAAUUCAAGGGAGCGAACAAAAGGGGCAUUCCUGUUUCAAGGGACCCCGCAGCUAUGAUAGCCAAAUACACUGAUCCUUUGGUCUACACAGGUCCAAUUAGGGUUAGGACGGGCCAUGAGAUACUUCGCAUGUCAUCUUAUUUGCUGCAGAACAUUAAGUCCGUGACUGUCCCAUUCUUCGUCCUCCACGGAACGGCCGAUCGGGUGACUGACCCAUUGGCUUCUCAAGAUUUGUACAACGAGGCCCCAUCAACAUACAAGGAUAUAAGGCUCUAUGACGGCUUCUUACACGAUUUACUAUUCGAGCCAGAGCGAGAUGAAAUUGGCUUGGAUAUUAUAUACUGGAUGGAGAAGAAAUUGAAACAGCAAAGCUUAUGAAGUUUUUAAAUACUACCACACAUAUUUUGGCUCACGGCUUUUCGUGACAAAAUGCCUGGCAAAAGCAAGGGCAUAUUUCUUACUAGAUUAAAUAGAUUUAUCUCUGUGUGUAUUUGUCUGUUAUUUUAAAAUGUGAAAGGGAUUACGAUUUGUGUAAGAUUGGAAAUUAUGUAUUUGUAUAAAUGCUAGGAUGCAGUUUAGUUCAAAUGAACAGUAUAUUUCUGUGCUUGUGAUGUUCUACACCAAUAUAUAAGAGGAUUAAUGCCUUGUUCUGCUUUUA